CGGCAGCGGCCCCGCAGACGGAGCGCGGCUGCCGCCCGAUAAAAGUGCUGCUCGCCGCGGCCGCGAGGGAGCGCGGAGCCGCCGAGCCAUGCUGAGCGUUGGCCAUACUCCAUGAGACAUCUCAGCCGUGUGCCGGCCGGUGAUUUGGAGCAGGACAGCUUGUAACCACCAAGUUGACUAAGCAGAGGAAGCUCUCGCUGUCCCAGCACCACCAGGCCAGACAAUCCUUCCCUUGGCUGAAGAACCCUUUGGAUCUCUUCCCAUAAUGGAAGCGUGAGUGCCAAGAUCCUCCAUGACCUCCAGAAGCCACAACUCCUUACCGAGAACUCUGAUGGCUCCACGAAUGCUUUCUGAAGGUGCCCUGGGGGGCAUCGCCCAAAUCACCCCCUCGCUCUACCUGAGCCGGGGCAGCGUCGCCUCCAACCGGCACCUGCUCCUCUCCCGGGGAAUCACCUGCAUCAUCAACGCCACCAUCGAGAUCCCCAAUUUUAACUGGCCCCAGUUUGAAUACGUGAAAGUGCCUUUGGCUGACAUGCCCAACGCCCCCAUCUCCCUGUACUUCGACAGCGUCGCCGACAAGAUCAACAGCGUGGCGCGGAAGCAUGGGGCCACCCUAGUGCACUGUGCCGCCGGCGUGAGCAGGUCGGCCACGCUCUGCAUCGCCUACCUGAUGAAGUACCACAAGGUCUCCCUCUUUGAGGCAUACAACUGGGUCAAAUCGAGGCGCCCCGUUAUCCGCCCCAACGUGGGCUUCUGGAGGCAACUGAUAGACUACGAGAGGAAGAUCUUUGGGAAGACGACGGUUAAAAUGGUACAGACACCAUAUGGCAUCAUCCCAGACGUUUAUGAGAGAGAGAGGAGACCCCUGAUGCCUUACUGGGGAAUUUAAUGUGACUGCAGACAGGAAGCACAACGGAAGGGACUCGCUGUUCUGAGUAGACCAGGCUGGACACGUUCCCUUCUCCUUCUACAGCCAACUUUGGUUCUAUAGCAUACAGCAGAACCUCAACUAAUUCUCACCUCACUAACCCGCAAGGCCAACGAUUCCCUUCAAAACGCAUUUCUCUCUACAGGGAUUCUCUGAUUUAGCAGAAUGAGGUCUCCUUAUGAGUUGAUUCCUUUCAUAAAGCCUCCCCCUCUCUUUUUUAGUCAGUUUAUUAGUAUCCUGUGAGGAAAGGCCUAAAAGGCAUUUGGCAGAGUUAAUGAACAAAGUGCGCUUUGUGAUGCGGUAGCCUGGAUAUUUCCUUAAUAGCUUGUUUGCUUCCUUGCAAAGUCCUGUAGUGGGUAGGGAGCAGCACUAGCACGGAGCGAGCCAGGUCCUUCUCUAGGGCAGAGCUUUUUGCCCAGAGCCAGGAAGGCAGCGUGCAGGGUUGUGGUGCUAGUGUUGAUGUUUUCUUUACCAUCCGUAGUGACUCUCAGUAUAUAGUGUUCGAGAUCUUUAGUCAGCUCUUAAUCUGUAUUAGAAGUUACAAAAAAAGAAGAAGAAGAAGAAGAAGAAAAGAAAAAAGUGAAGUCAGUCCGUGUGGGCCACAAGUACAAUAAAAUUUGAAUGACUGAAAUAAAAUAAACACAAGUUCCUUUUCACUCAUUCCAUGCCAGGGCAAUACACUUACACUACUGAAAAAUGCUGGUGUUUUUGGUGGGUGGAAAGGAAAGAGAGAUCUUGUCCCAGUGUGGCUCAAGACAGAAGUGAGACAUUAACCCUCCCCACACCGGGCAGCCAAAGAAAUGUUUAGGAAACUGUGAGCCUGGCCAGCUGCCAGAGGGGCUGGGCCCUGUUUUCGAAUAUUCAACCAACCAAUCAAUUGGAAGUAGAUAAAUCUGCCUGAUUUCUCAGCUCUAAGUAUGGUUGUGAUCUGCCUUAGCCCAUUUCUAAAUCACUCCACUACGUCCUCAAAGUUAUGCUGCAUUCUAGAACUACUAUGCGCAACACGGCGACGUGUCCGAGCUCCCGGACAAGGGUGGCUUUAGGGAGGAGGCUUUGCCUUCUUCUGUGUGUGCCAAGAGCGAUUCCAACCCGAGACGUGGGAGAAGCCACUGCCUCCUGGACUUCACUCCCCUGCCCUGCAGAUGGGAAGGGACUGGUUUGGUUGGUAACUGGAACAGCAGGAGAGCAAAGCGAGUCCGUUCCUCGCCGAGACAUCCGUGUCCUCGCUGGCACCUCCGCAGGAAGCACACGCAGACUGCUGGAUGCUGAGAGCUGAGUCCAACCAGUCUAUACUUGUAAAAAAAACCAAACCAAGAACCAAACAAUAAAGA